AUGGUCCUACCUGGUCGGAUAAUCCCUUCUUGUUUCCCCGCUCCUCUUCCGUGCCUCCUCCUCCUCCUCCUCCUCCUCCUACUACUUCCGCCACCAACUAUCGCUGAACUCUGGAAUAAACCAUCAUCGGUCAGUGUUCCCGCCUCAUGGCCCGCCAGGAAACCUUACCACUCCUAUUCAAACAAGGUCGGUAUCAAGAUCAUGCUUUACAGGCUGAACUCAGGACCAAGUUUCUUUGUUGCCUUCAUAUGCUUUGAUAGCAGUCGCUGCAAUUUUGGCCUGUUUAUUUUCCAACCGACACACGCCAUGGGACAUGCAAGGACAGUUUGGUCGGUUAAUCGGGAAUACAUGAACGACACUGCCCAAAUGCUACUCACCCAGGAGGGCGACUUGGUUUUACUGGGUGACGAUGGAAAAAAAGUCUGGUCCACAAAUACAGCUGGUAAGUCAGUCGUAGGCUUAAACUUGACUGAAGUUGGAAAUCUCGUGCUCUACGACAGAAAUGACGCCAUCGUUUGGCAGUCUUUCGAUCACCCUGCAGACGCAAUUAUUCCUGGACAGGUGCUACGUCCCGGCAUGAAACUAACAGCGACAUCAAGUGCGCCGGAUGGGACAGCGCAGGUCUACACGUUCACCGCUGAUCAUCAGAUAGGCUUUGUCGCAUCUGUAAGGGCAGCCUAUUCUCCCCAAAUUUACUACAGAACGAGCAAUGUAAGCAAAAUGAAGAGCGACAAUGGACAGGUUGAAGCACUUUACAAGAAUGGAACCUUCGGUGAGUUUGAAUUGCCCCCAACAUCCUUGGCUCAGUUUAUCCGUCUGGGGGAGGAUGGGCAUUUGAAGCAUCAUGUUUAUGUUGAAUACUACAAUGAUUGGAACCCGACGGAUCUUCUUGAGAAUCAAAUUCGAAAUUGCGAUUAUCCACUUCGAGACAAAGCAAAUUGA